GGGUUAAGACAGUCAGGAAGUUCCCAUUCUGCUAGGAAGGCUGACAAAGGAGCUCAUGUACAGACAGAGAGAGUCAUAAGCGUAUGUCAACCACACCACUAGCAGGGGACCAAACUUUAUAGAGAGUUUUUUCCUUCAUUGCUUCACUAAAGCACCAGAAGUAUGGGCGUUUUGAAAAAUAAGAAGAUGCUGCGAUUACUCUUUGUGUUUUUGAUUCUUCGAUGUGCAGCUGUUGCAGCACAAGAAAUAGAAUCUUCUGGAAAUGCGUGUGGCGAUGAGAACAAUGACGAUGAGUGCGAUGAUACAGUGACACCAAGGCGCACAAGACCCUUGAGUGAUGCUGGAUUUGAUCAAAUGUCCAAAGGAGAAAUAGACGAAAGUAAAGCAGAUGAAAAAGGAACACUGAUCAUCGUCAUAGCUGCUGUCAGUGUUGUAGCUUUGGCCAUAGUUGCGGUUAUUGCUAUUGUCUUCUUCAGACGCUAUUUACGGAGCCAGGAACAGGGGGUUUACACCAUGCCGGUUGACCAAGUACAGAAAGCUGCUGUUUAACCAUCAGUGCCUUUAUAUAUCCUCACCACACUGGAUUUUUCAAGGAAAUACAGCAAGCACAUGUUUUCUCAUUCAAAAAUUUGUAUAUCUGUAGCAGAGUCUAAACCAGCAACCGAUUAUGUUGCCGUCAUCAAUUUUCUACAAACCAUUUUCAAAUGCAAGUUGUGUACACAAAUGCAACAUUUUGCACAUGGACAUGGACUCUCAUUGGACCCACUUUUUUCAACCAGACCUACUUUAUGUUUUUCUGUAACUGGAUCAAGUGCAGGCCAUUGUAAAGCUUUAUUUGUUUCAAA